UGAAACUCUGCCCCCUGAAGGAGGAGUAAGGGAUUGAUGCAGUCUGUAUGAGGAAAUAAGCACGGAUGUUGUGUGAGGAAAUUUUUUCCUCCAAAAUGAUUUAAGGCCAGUCUUUCGAAAACAUGAAUCUUAGGGGAUUCUUUCAAGAUUUUAACCCGAGUAAAUUUCUCAUAUACGCAUGCCUCCUGCUGUUCUCCGUCUUGUUGUCUUUGCGCUUGGAUGGGGUUAUCCAAUGGAGCUACUGGCUGGUGUUCACACCAGUCUGGCUGUGGAAGCUCAUGGUCAUUGUUGGUGCCUCUGUAGGAACUGGUGUCUGGGCCCACAACCCUCAGUACAGGGCUGAAGGUGAGACAUGUGUGGAGUUCAAAGCCAUGCUGAUAGCUGUGGGCAUCCAUUUGCUCCUGCUGAUGUUCGAGGUGCUGGUGUGCGAUCGCAUCAUGAGGGGGACGCACUUCUGGCUGCUGGUCUUCAUGCCCCUCUUCUUCGUGUCACCGGUGUCUGUGGCUGCCUGCGUCUGGGGCUUCCGUCAUGACCGCUCGCUGGAGCUUGAGAUCCUGUGCUCCGUCAAUAUCCUCCAGUUCAUCUUCAUUGCCUUAAGGUUGGACAAGAUCAUCACUUGGCCGUGGCUGGUGGUGUGCGUGCCGCUGUGGAUCUUGAUGUCCUUCUUGUGCUUGGUGGUACUCUACUACAUUGUCUGGUCCGUGCUCUUCCUGCGCUCUAUGGACGUCAUUGCCGAGCAGCGGCGGACCCACAUCACCAUGGCAAUCAGCUGGAUGACUAUCGUCGUGCCCCUGCUGACCUUUGAGAUCCUCUUGGUGCACAGACUGGAUGGCCACAACGACUUCAGCUACGUCCCUGUGUUUGUACCUUUGUGGGUGUCCCUGGUGACAUUAAUGGCCACCACCUUCGGGCAGAAAGGAGGGAAUCACUGGUGGUUCGGUAUCCGCAAGGACUUCUGCCAGUUCCUGCUGGAGCUUUUCCCAUUCCUGCGUGAAUAUGGCAACAUUUCCUAUGAGUUGCACCAUGAAGAUUCGGAGGCCUCUGAGGAGGCGCCCGCACCUGAACCACCUAAAAUAGCCCCCAUAUUCCGCAAGAAGACCGGCACGGUGAUCACACAGAGUCCGGGGAAGUACUUUGUCCCUCCCCCGAAACUGUGCAUAGACAUGCCUGACUAGAUGGCUGUUAACUGUAUUUUUAUUUUGCGAGAUGGAAUGUAACCACGGACCUUGUACAUGUUACUGUAGCCAGACUCCCACCAUGGUCCCGUGCUCACUACAGAAUCGUGAAACCGGCCUUUUAGUGCGACAGGCCCUGGGUCACAGAGAAGGAAAAUCAAGGUGCUGCGUGGAUGUAUCCUGCCACCCUGCCACUUGUCUCAGAAUCUCUUUUUCUUUUAAAGGGAAAGGCUGAAGUGGUGGGGUUGGUUAUGUGUCACCGUCUUUGUUUCUAUUUAUCAUUCUCCGCGCGGGUAGCCAGUGAUGGCUUUGGGUGUUGCUAAGGCCCUAACUAAUGGUAAAGUCCAGUUGGUGUCUGGUUGCUGUCUGUCUAUAUGGAGUGAAUUAUCACUGGUGAAAUUGAAAGUAGAAUGUUCUGUUGGCCUUUUUUCACACUGUAAUUAGUAAUGGCUUGGUUUUCAGUUUUAUAGCAGUUUUUGCUCAUUAGUGAUGGUUGUUCGUGAAACUUUUUUUUGUCUAAAGUGUACCAAACUUCAGCUUCAGUGUUUUUGUUUAGAUUUUAGACCCUGACAAUGAGGUUGAGUGUAACAAGUGUUUUCCUCUCCAUCCUCAUAUGAACUGGGGAGUGAAAGAGCACUUACUCUACCAUCAGAUUGGUAAUGUAUGGAGUCAAGUUGGCUAGUUUGGGCCGUGUUUCAUGUGUGAAAUUCAUUUAUGACAAUCAUUACUAGACUCAUAUUUUCAGCCUUAUGAAAUAGUUUACUGGGAUACUGUUCUGUUAACGCAUGCUGGUUUUUGGGGAAAUUUAUAUCUAAUGGAAGCACAAUCUGCAUUCAGUGUGAAUCACCUACUAUACUGCUGAGCUGGAAAUCCCAACGUUAUCCUUGUAUGCAUGUAUGGUUUAGUCAUUCUUCAGCAGUAGUACUUUCAGAAUACUGAUGCACUCUUGAUGUUCCGUUGGACAAUACCUACACCUUCUAUGCGAAGCCCCACAGCUGUGAGGUGAAUGAUGCGCUGAGGUCACCAGGGCUAUUUGUGUGUAAAUGUUCUACCUGUAGAGAUUUACUCUCAGAAUUAGCAGCGCAAACAAGCAUGAUCACAUGGGCACAUUUUCCAGAAGAACAUUUGAGACGUGUGGAAAGCCGUGUGGCCAAAGCCCCAUUGUCUCGGACAUUGGAGAUUGGUGUACUGUGGCAGACCCUCUCAGCCGGCCUGAGAGAUGUAGAGGUGUGUGUGCGCGCGCAUGUACAGAUGUGCUAUUAUUUGGUUUGGACCAAUUUUUAUGCUGCAUUUCCAGAUUUUUAAGUUUCUUAUUUACGAUGUACAGCCUGUAUGUAGGAAACUUAUACUUCUGUGGUUCGAUAUGACAAAAUAUAAAUGUAUAUUGUAAAUAGGACAUGUUUUAUGUUUAAGUCUGUUUCAGAUAUUCUAACUAAUAACAAUAAAUGAUAAUGCCUACCCAUUCA